AUGGCCCAUUCAACGCCCAAUAUCUCCGAGAGCGAAGCAGUUGUCCAUCUGCAUAGCGCCACCUCCAUCGUUGGCGAUGAACGGCUCUCGUCGACUGCUGUCUGGAACGCGCUCAUCGACACGUCGACCUGGCCGCGCUGGAACGCGUUUGUUCCCCGCGUGACGAUCCGGGAGCAGCCGUCGCAACAAGCCACGAGUGCUGGUUCUCAUCGUGAUGAUGAAAGUGGUAAUAAUGCAGGGCGACAACUAUCGCCAAUCCUCCAACUCGGGACGAGGAUGACCUUCCACGUCGACAUGUCUGCGGGGGCAUCUUCUUCAUCGAAGAAUAACAAGAAUAGCGACAGUCCUAGAAACCUGCAAGAGACGCCCCUCGUCGUCACCGUCUUCGAACCACCCGAUUCCGCGAGCAAGAAGCCAGGCCGGAUUGUCUGGGCGGGCGACAGCACCGGUCCAGGCGGGUUCUCGGAGUGGUUAUUGCGGGCGGAACGGACGCAUGAGAUUUACGAGGAGACAAAGACAGAGGAUGGAAGAGUCCAGGUCCGCGUCACGAAUAGGGAGCUUCAGACGGGCGUGUUGGCGUAUGCGGUGCGGUGGAUGUAUGGGCAGACAUUGCAGAGAUGUUUUGAGAGGUCGGUGGAGGAUUUGAGGAGUCGAACUAUGGAGCAGGAAAACGGGACAGGAUCCAUGGAUACGAAUGGGAACACGGCUGUCAUACGGAGUAUUACUCCGUAG